UUGCCCAACAGAGCACCAGAAAUCCGUUGACCACAGUUAUUAGGCAGAGGGCAGGGAAACGUUUUUGAGGAAAUGGGUGUAGAGGACUCCUCCUACGUCCAACCCUACAUUCCUCCUCUGCACAGUUUUUUCCCCCAAGUUAACGGUCCCUCCGCAGAAGGAAAACAAGAGGAAAACAGACGAACGGCAACUGCAACGCUCAGAGGAUUAAAGGAGUUUCUAUCCUGCUGCUCCGAAGCUAACGGGUAACCUCAUCUUUCACAACAGUCUGACGGUUACUUUACUACAGGACACAUAUACUGACAGACAUGGUGUGUCUGCUCGUAUCCAUCACUUUGCUGCAUUUGGUCAGCUUGGCCAUGCUUUUCGUCGCCACGCUGGAGAAGUCCUGGUGGGUAUGGACGGAGUCAGAAAUCACCGACCUCUGGCAUAACUGCUUCUUCAUGAACACCACACAAACCUGGGUGUGCGCAUCGACCACUGAAAGCGACUGGCUUCAGUCUGUCCAGGCCCUCAUGACCCUGUCGGUGGUCUUUUCGUCCGUCUCCUUCCUGGUUUUUCUGGGUCAGCUUUUCAUCUUGUCCAGGGGGAAGCUCUUUUACUUUACAGGCCUCUGCCAGGCAUUUGCAGGUUUCACAGACUUUGCCGCUUGCCUCAUCUUCACCUUCCACAAAAAGGAGAUUCUGAGCGAGUCCAGAGAUCUGAGCAAAGGGCGCUUCGGCUACUGUGUCAUCCUGGCAUGGCUGGCCAUCCCUCUUCUUCUCGUCAGCAGCGUCCUGUACGUCCAUCUGCGAAAGAAGCAGUGAAGGAAGCACAAAUGCAUGCAAAUAGGGACCUAUUUCUUCAACCUCAGUGAAGUAAAAUUAGUCUGUAAACUAUGCAUUUAUUUUACUUUUCUCCAUUUAUGAGAUCCAAUCUCAUUGUACCACAUGAAGUAUUUCAUGAAAAACCAUUGAAUAAACUUUGUUUUUAAUAUUUGUUUAUAA